GAAAAGUGAUAACCUUUAACAGAUAAAAUUAAAGGUUACCAAAUAAGCCGAAUUGUAAUCAUAAACGGUAUACAUGCGUUUAUAUGCCAUAUUAUUUUCGCCUAUAUUUGGCACUGAAAAUGGACGCGUUUAGAAUUGUUGCUUUGUUAACUAUUGCCUUCAUAGAUUGUUCCCUCGGUGCGACAAAAAGCAAGUGUGAUGUUGUUAAUGCACUCAAAGCAGAAGGUGUUCCGGACGCGGACAUGAGAGACUGGUUAUGUCUAGUGCAACAUGAGAGUAAUUACGAAUACAAUGUUACAAAAUAUAAGAUGGCUGGAUCGGCAAUAGGGUCAGUAACCCUUGGCAUCUUUCAGUUUAAUAAUGCAUACUGGUGUGGUAAUGCAAAUGGUACGAGCUCACCAACAUGCUGGAAAUUACGAACAUUUGGAUGUGCAGAUGCUUGUAACACGUUUUUAGACCCCGAUAUAAGUAACGACGCAAACUGUGCUGUAAGAGUGAAAAAUUGUGAUGGAUUUCACACCUGGGUUGGAUGGGCACAAAACUGCGUCAAUGAUACUACUGCACCAAGCUAUGAUUACAGUGGAUGCUGAAAUAUGUGGUUAAGAAUAACGACCGAAAUCUGGCUUACUUUGUUUUGUCUUUCCUAUUAAUAAGCACUUUUUAAAGACUACUUUUUUUUAAUUUCCGGCCUUAACGGAUCUUGAUAUAAACCGGAGACGGCGUGUCUGUUUUGAUUUUAAGUAACAAAUGAAAAUUGUAUUUAUGUCGUGAUAUUUGGCUGUAACAAAAUACAUGUGGAUAAAAGUA